AUGCCGGAGUUAACUUCAAAGGUUGCCACAAUUUCCAAGAAGGGCUUCAAGAAGGCUGUCAUUAAGACUCAGAAGAAGGAGGGGAAGAGGCGCAAGAAAUCCCGAAAAGAAAGCUAUUCCAUUUAUAUUUACAAGGUGCUAAAGCAGGUUCAUCCAGACACGGGCAUCUCCUCAAAGGCUAUGAGCAUCAUGAAUUCCUUUGUCUCUGACAUAUUUGAACGUGUAUCUGGUGAGGCGUCGCGCCUGGCGCACUACAACAAGCGCUCAACCAUCUCAUCACGGGAGAUCCAGACGGCGGUUAGGCUGCUGCUGCCCGGCGAGCUGGCCAAGCAUGCCGUGUCCGAGGGCACCAAGGCCGUCACCAAGUACACCAGCUCCAAGUGA